AUGCCAGCUGCUCACUGUGGAUGUAGCAACGACACCUCGCUCCCCCUGUGCUAUGAGGAGUCCGCGGGUCCACUUGCUGUAAUUAUCAUCCCUUGUCUGUUGGCUCUGAGCACAGUUUUAGUGGUAGCUCUGAUUUUCUACAGACGCCACAAGAGCAAACAGAGAGGACAGAGCACCUUAGCUCAUUUUACAAAUGGCCAGCAGAGUGUAUCCCUGACCGCAGCUUCUCUAAGCACCCCAAAGGUCCAGGCAGCUUUGUGUCCCUGGGAAAACCCUGAAGAGUUUGUUCUUGAGGGACUGGAGUUUUGGCAGACAGGUCGCCAUGGCCCCAUUGGUAAAGGUCUGCUGAAGAAGAGAGACGGAGCCAGCGCCUCUUCUGCCAUGGUGGUUAAGUCCCUCCGGGACGUAACGGGAUCUGUUGGUCCAUUUGAUAUAUGUCAAUGGGUACUUCCACACACACACCACGUGUGUAAACAUGAGAACGUGGUGCGGAUGUUGUACUGUCAGACCAAGCGUCCGCCCAUGUAUCUGGUCGUAGGUGGCUACAGACCAGGGAACCUCCUUCACUUCCUCUGGAUGCUCAGAAAUGGAACGUGGUACACAGCUUCGAAUUCAAACAUUGCAGAUCCAUCGCUGAACUUUUGAGAGGGGUCAGUGUUUCUGGUGGCAAAGCAGGUUGCAGCUGGCUUGGCAAGUCACUUGUCAGAGCACAGGCUGGUGCAUGGUGAUAUUGCAGCCAGGAACAUCUUAACCCUUGUGUUGUCUUCCCGAUUAAUUGGCCCAGGCCUCUGAGCCCGGGUGUCUGGGCUGGGCGUUGCAUUUGGAGGACGCAGAAUGGAUCCACCAAUUAGGCAGAGGGCAGCAGAGGUGCCUCUGAAAUGGCAGGCUCCAGAGAGGAUCAUGAUGCAGCUCCGUAUCGACAGGAGCGACGUGUGGUCAUUUGGAAUCUUACUGUAUGAUCUGAUGACAUUAGGCUCUCCUCCAUACCCUGAGCUGGAGCCUCGGUCUGGGCUUCCGAAGCUACAGGGCUCUUAUCGAAUGAAGAGACCGGAGAACUGUGGAGGACCUUUGUAUGAUCUGAUGAAGUACUGCUGGAUGUAGUUCAAAGACCGACCUGCAUUCUUGGCCAUCAUGAAGCUGUUGGAGUCCUCACAGCAUCUGUGCACUACUAAAGACAUUCGUGUUCCUGAGGUCACAGACAUAUCGGAGUAUAACAGAAAGGCAGGACUGCUCUCAUAG